UUUGCAGAUGAAGCAUCAAGUCGAAACACAGGCUCUCCCCUACUCGACAAUCAUCCUUCACUGCCUGAAAUACCCGGCAAAGGGUGUUUUUGGACUGCUGAUUGGAAACAAGAAAGGAGACAAAGUCACGGUAACAAGUUGUGUUCCUCUUUGCCAUGAAUCCACUCCACUCGCACCUCCUCUGGAACUUGCCACAGCCCUCGUCCAUGGAAAGUUUGGUGCCUCCCUCGUCGGCGUCUAUUUCUCAAAUGCAACUCCAUCGGACACUUCUCUCAACGUUUAUGCCACUCGACUCGCCGACAGAAUAUCUUCUGUUACCUCUUCGGCAGCGAUUCUCGUACAAGUGAUGAACGAAAGACUGGUGUCAGAUUGUGAACAAGACCGCCUCGUGGCAUAUGAAAAAGAUGGAGAUAGUUGGAAAGAAACGAAAACGAUUUUCCAAGGUUCCAACUUCUUGCGUGGCCUUCAAGCUGUUAUUCAGAAGAAGUUGUACCGAGAGCUUUCCGAUUUCGAAAACCAUUUGGACAAUCCCGAGUUCGACUUCUAUAACACAAAUCUGAGCAACAAACUCGUGCAAGUGGCGGAAUUCAGAGCUUAAAAGCUGAAAUUAUUAUCCUAAUUCGUGUUUUCAUAACUUAUUGCAGUCAUCUGAAUAUAUUAUAUGUUUAAUCCCCUUCCGUUUUCGGGUUGAAUAAAAGAUUUGAUGACAGCUGAGUCGUG